GGUGGGGGUACUGAGCCCAAGUGCAGAUAAACGACGGGGGCUGCUUUGGCGUUGUAGGUGAGUGUUGUUAUUCAAUUAUGUCUUCCUGUUGAGUUGUAACUUCAAUUUGUCAUUAGUUGGAAUAUAUUGGAGCUAGUUUCUGAUCAAAUAUAGAGCGUUGCAUCCUAUACUUCUAACAGAGGGGACAAUGGCUUCUACAAGUGAUGCGGAUGCAUCUGAUCUGGAGAGCAUUAAGAGAAAGUUGAUCAAGAGCCUGCCCAGCAGUUGGGAAGAAGUUGUACAGAUAUACGAGCAAGAUCCAAGAGCUCACAAGAUCGAGAUCGGCCCAUCAGGGAACACAGCAUUGCACAUAGCAGUUUCAAGUGGGCGAGAAGACAUAGUAGAACGACUAGUGAAGUCGAUUGCUAAGAAUGGUAACCCCGUGGAUGUUCUAUCUAUAGGGAAUAGAGAUGGGAACAAUCCUCUUCAUUUGGGGGCCUCACUGGGAAGCAUUUCCAUGUGCAGAUGCAUCACUGGUGAGUGUAAAGAACUGUUGGGUCACCGCAACCAAGAGAGUGAUACGCCCCUUUUAAGGGCAGCUCGCUAUGGCAAAAAAGAUGUUUUCCUCUGUUUGUAUGAUAUGUGCGAAGGCAACGCAGCCGCUGGCUACUGUAAGAACGACGAUGGUAAAAACGUUCUCCAUCUUGCCAUUGAAGGAGGACACAUGGAUUUGGCGUUUCAAAUUAUUUGUAAGCAGGAAGAUCUCAUGGAUUCUGUUGACCGUCGUGGAAUCUCCCCUCUGCAUGUCCUAGCUGAGAAGCCUACUGCAUUCAGAAGUGGAAUUCAUCUCGGCUGGUUCAACAAAAUCAUUUAUCCCUGUAUUUCUGUUGAAGAGCUCAUCCCUGCAGGGACUUCCAAAGCAAAGAAGAGCUUCUUUCAAGACCUACGGAAGCUGAUUAAAUUACCAGGAAAAUCUAAAAAGCACUUGGAUCCAGAGAAUCCUGAAGAAGGGCAAGGAAUUGAACAUCAUGGUCAUAAUUCAAGCAAUAUUGGAGCUCAAGGACACAAAACAUUCCCCUCAAAAUAUUGCAGAUGCCUGAGGUUCAUCAAGCUUCUUGUAUCCCAAGUACUGCUGGUUAUCAUCUCCGUGCUGCCAGGUUCAAGUCAGAUAAGGAAGCUAAAAGAGAAAAAGGAGAUGCAUGUGUGGUCUCUUCGGAUCAUGAACAAACUACUUGAACAUGCUGCGAGGCAUACAUAUGAAAUGAAUCCCAAACAUGAUGAGCCAAGCCAACGUCAUUAUGAUUGUUGUAUUUCAGAGUAUGGAUACUUCCGAAGGGGAGGAGCUUUGGAGACGCCGAUACUAGUUGCAUCAAAGAAUGGCAUCAUGGAAAUGGUAACGAAAAUCCUGGAACUGUUUCCCAUGGCCAUUUAUGACACCCACAAAGAAAAUUGGAAGAACACAGUACUGAUGGCAGUAGAGAAUAGGCAAUCACAUAUAUAUGACUUCUUACUCAACAGAAAACAUCUUCUUGAUAGAGAAAUUGCAUUUCGUGCUGUUGAUUACCACAGAAAUACUGCAUUACAUCUAGCUGGAAAGCUAGCAGGUUACCACCACCGCCAGCAUAUCCCCACCAGCAUGUUGCAAAUGCAGUGGGAAGUCAAAUGGUACCAGUACGUGCAGAAUUCCGUGCGAUUUGAUAUUAGAAAAAAUCGGGAUGAAUGUACUCCAGAUGAGAUCUUCCAAAAAAACCAUGCAAAUCUUGAAGAUGAAAGCAAACGACGGGAUAGCACAUCCAAUUCCUGUUCUUUCAUUGCAGCACUCAUAGCAACUGUUGCCUUUGCCUCAUCAGCCUCUGUGCCUGGUGGAGUAAACCAAGACACAGGCUGUUCAAUGAUCUCCUUGCUAAUAUUCCUCGCCAUUUUCGUCUCCAAGGACCAAAACCAAGAUUUUACUAGAAACUUGCCGAGGAAAUUUUUACUUGGUACAACCUCUCUCUUCAUAUCCACAGCGGCCAUGUUGACCUGUUUCUGCUCUGGGAACUUCUUGAUGCUUAAGCAUCAAUUAAAAUAUGCUGCAAUUCCGGUAUAUGCACUCACCGGCUUGAUUCUUAUCAAAUUGAUUGAUAAACACGCAAACAAUGGUGACUUCGUUAAGCCUCCCAUUCUCCCCUUGCAUUCCCGUAAAGGCCUCCAAAGCUCUAUUCAUCUCUCCGUUUCUCAUAAACACCCAUCAAUCAUUGCUGUCCAACAAGCCGUAUCCUUCCUCCCGACCAGACCAAAAACAGUACCAGCUCCCUCAACCAGAGUCCCUGAUCACUAUAAAGAGGAGAUCAGCACGGUGGAUGCGACAACAUCUUCAGGCAUUUCAUCAAACAUCCAACGUGCAUCCCCCGAUUCCCCUCAUUUUCCGUAG